GCCCAGGUUGUCCUCAGCCUUUCUCGGCUCCCAGAACCCUCGGAAAGAAAGAUCAGAGGGGGACUCUCCAGCCACCCACCUGACGCCUCCUUCCCAUCGCCAGCCCCCACCUCCUGUCUGCUCCUGCCCUGGAAAGGCCUGAAGGAAGAGGCCAGAGAGACAGCCCUGCCCUCUCUCUCCCCAGCCCGUCUACGCACCCAGCGCGGCAUCUGGAGGCCCCAUGGCCUGGGCUCACUGGGGCUGCUGCCUCUGGCUGGUGCUUCUGUGCGCUCCUGCCUGGAGCCGCUCAAACGCAGUGAACCUCGCAAGGACGGAUGUGAGAAACUGUUCAACCAACCCUCCGUUCCUUCCAGUUACUGCAGUGAAUACCACAGCACGGAUCACAGCCCUACGCCAGCAGCUACAGGCCCAGAAUCUCUCUGCCUACAUCAUCCCAGACACAGAUGCCCACAUGAACGAAUACAUCGGCAGACAGGACGCCAGGCGUGCGUGGAUCACAGGCUUCACAGGGACUGCAGGAACCGCGGUAGUGACCAUGGGGAAAGCAGCUCUCUGGACAGACAGUCGCUACUGGACUCAGGCGGAGCGGCAGAUGGACUGCAACUGGGACCUCCACAAGGAAGGUAACACCAUUGUCAGCUGGCUGCUCAACGAGAUUCCUGCUGGAGGACGUGUGGGCUUCGACCCCUUCCUCUUCUCCAUUGACUCCUGGGAGAGUUAUGACUCGGCCCUCCAAGGCUCCGACAGACAGCUGAUGUCCAUCCCAGUCAACCUUGUGGACCUGGCGUGGGGGUCAGAGAGGCCCCCGGUGCCAAGCCAACCCAUUUAUGCCCUGCAGGAGGCAUUCAUAGGGAGCACUUGGCAGGAGAAAGUGGCUGACAUUCGAAACCAGAUGCGGACGCACAGCAAAGCCCCGACUGCUGUCCUCCUCUCAGCGCUCGAUGAAACGGCCUGGCUCUUCAACCUGCGUAGCAGCGACAUCCCCUACAAUCCCUUCUUCUAUUCCUACACACUGCUCACAGACACCUCCAUCAGGUUAUUUGCAAACAGCAGUCGCUUCAGCCCUGAGACCCUGCAGUACCUGAACUCCAGCUGCACAGGCCCCAUGUGUGUGCAACUCGAGGAUUAUAACCAAGUCCGUGACCAUGUCCAGGCCUAUGCCCAAGGAGAUGUGAAGAUCUGGAUUGGGACCAGCUAUACCACUUAUGGGCUCUAUGAAGUCAUACCCAAGGAGAAACUCGUGGAAGACACCUACUCCCCAGUGAUGGUGACCAAGGCGGUGAAGAACAGCAAGGAGCAGGCCCUGCUCAAGGACACCCACGUGCGGGACGCUGUGGCCGUGAUCCGGUACUUGGUGUGGCUGGAGAAGAACGUGCCCCAGGGCACAGUGGACGAGUUCUCAGGGGCCGAGUUUGUGGAGAAGUUACGAGGAGAGGAAAACUUCUUCUCAGGAUCCAGUUUCGAAACCAUCUCGGCCAGUGGCCUGAACGCUGCCUUGGCACACUACAGCCCAUCCGAGGAGGUGCACCGCAAGCUGUCCACAGAUGAGAUGUACCUGCUGGAUUCUGGGGGGCAAUACUGGGACGGGACCACAGACAUCACCAGAACAGUCCACUGGGGCACCCCCUCUGCCUUCCAAAAGGAGGCAUACACCCGGGUGUUGAUGGGAAAUAUCGAUCUGUCCAGACUCAUCUUUCCUGCUUCUACGUCAGGGCGAGUGGUGGAAGCUUUUGCACGCAAAGCCUUGUGGGAUGUUGGGCUCAAUUAUGGUCAUGGGACAGGCCAUGGCAUUGGCAACUUCCUGUGUGUGCAUGAGUGGCCAGUGGGAUUCCAGUCCAGCAACAUUGCCAUGGCCAAGGGCAUGUUCACUUCCAUUGAACCUGGUUACUAUCAAGAUGGAGAAUUUGGGAUCCGUAUUGAAGAUGUGGCUCUCGUGGUAGAAGCACAGACCAAGUACCCAGGUACCUACCUGACCUUUGAAGUGGUGUCUUUGGUGCCCUAUGACCGGAAUCUUAUCGACGUCAGCCUGCUGUCCCCCGAGCAUCUCCAGCAUGUGAACCGCUACUACCAGACCAUCCGCGAGAAGGUGGGCCCGGAGCUGCAGCGACGCCAGCUGUGGGAAGAGCUCGAGUGGCUGCAGCAGCACACUGAGCCCCUGUCUGCCAGGGCGCCACACACCUCCUCCUUGGCCUCUCUGGUGGCAGCCUGCACUCUUGCCAUCUUGGGCUGGAGCAGCUAGAGGCUCUGGCUCCCUGCUGGACCCUCCACCUCCACGUGGCCCAUCACCUGGAAACCACUGCCCACCCACCCCCCAAGCCACCUCCUCCUGGGCCUCUGGGGCCCUAGGCAACACUGUUCAUCCUGGGCCUCUACACCUCACUUUGGGCUCCCAACCCCAGGCCAAGAGAUAGUACAUGUAGCAUGUAACCUGGUCCAUCUGCUAUAGCUUCUUCUUGCCCCUAAAAUACAAGAGCAACAGGGCCUGAGAUGUUCCCACUCCCAUUGGCUCCUAACUUGCCAUGUACUUGAGGCUUCCUCCGGGCACCAGCAUAUGCCCCCAGCCCUUCUAUGGCCUCCUGGCUACAGUUCGUGGGGGAGAAGGCCUGGGGCUCCUCCAGACUGCCUACUGUACCUACAGAGAGGUGACAGAAUCCCUUAGCCCACCUUG